AUGUCUGGCCAUAAUCCGCCACAUGGGCGAUUGGGACAACCAAAUACAACGUGGAAUCCAUUGCAGGUUCCUUCGUACGUUCCGCGGCAACCACAGCUUGCACAUAUGUCGAGUGAAAGAUCAAUGGCGCGAUCUCCUUUAACAUGGGCCACUCCACCGACCACGCAUCAAGACAAGGUGUAUAGCUUGAUGACUGGAAAUUUAAUGAAUAACCUUGAAAUCAAUCCAUUACUACAAGGGUAUGGUCGAACUGUAGGAACACCACUGGGAACCGUCGAUCUGUCCUUGUCUUCCGCCUCUCGGAGCACGCCUUCGCCUAAAGGAACGCAUAACAACGUGCAGGUGGCUUCGACAGGGUCUCAUUCGUCGCAUGCCUCUUCGGCUGCUACAACACUGCCAUCAAACAUUCCCACCAGCUGCGUUCACAACAUGGCUAGCGAUAGCGGUCCACACAACAGCAAUCAUCAAACGAGGAGUACGAUAUCGCCGAAUGUCGUGCCAUCUUCGGUAGGAGUAAUACAAUCGACAACGACAGCAUUAAAAGAACGAAUCCAUGGUCCUGGAGCUUGCCUUCCGCCUGGAAACGGUGGGGGUACUUCGAACAAUUUUCCGAUCGCAAAUCCAAUCAACGAUAACAAUCCAACCCUGAUAGGGGCGGGUGGUGUUCGUGGAGGCAACGGUUUUGGAACAGGCUUAAGCAAUCGUACAGCAAACGACCUGGCAGCGCUAGUAACCGGUGGGUUGCUGAUAAAGGAUGCGAAACAGAUCAAUAGUGAAAUGGAGAACAAAAAUGGACGCGAUUGCUUCCCGCAUCUAUCUGGCACAGAUCCAUCGGAACUGGUAAAAGAAUUUGUUUUGCAAUCGAUGCAUUGCAACUCACUGUCGGUUUCCCCAAAGCGAGCAUCUCCAGUGCGUUCCUCUGGGCAUUGCACACUUAGCCCAAGUAGAAGCCGAAGUCCACCUUUAAACUUACUGCUCGGAUCGUCCGUUAUUGAAGGAAAGCUGGGUGUGGAAUGUUUGAGCAGUUCGUUUCCCCUACCGAACAGCCGCACGCCAUUGCCAUUGUCCCUGAAUUCUGAUUCUAUAGCAUCUACCGGAGCAGUGGAUGUUCCGGAUGUAGGCGGAAGUGUGGCAGCCAGGGCAAUUGGUUCACUACUCGCAGGAAGCGGUGAUGCCAUAUCUGGAACAUCCGUAUCCUGUCAGAACAAUCCUUCUGCUUCGCCGACAGGUAACAGCAUGACGUCGAGUGAAGAUUCGGUUGAUUCGUCGAACAGUAGAAGUAACAACUCACGAAGAAGAAGGAAACCAGAAAAAACUAACAAAAUGAACGCAGUUACGGCGAGUGAGGACGGAAACUCCUUCUUCAAAACCGUCGACGGUCCAACGGUAGAUGUAAUUGAUAUUAUACGUUCAAAUAUCCGCAGUGAUAUUACUGCUCUAGCUAUCGAAGGUAUUAAUGCACUUAGCCAAGGUUUGCCCGGAGCUCAGGGUGAUAUUAGUCAAAAUCCUCCACCUGCCAAUGAAUUGCCGGAAAAUAGUUCUCGGGGAGGCGGUGCUAUACAUCACGUUAGUCAACACUCGUCGCAUGAUAAUUUUCCUGACCAUCAUACGCAACGAAAAGAGCUGGUCCCUGCUCCAUCCGAUCAACAGAAGCUACUAGAAAACCUCAUCCAAAGCAAUGUUAUCCCCAGCAGUAACACGACAGCAAGCGGCACUACGGUACAACCAUCCAACCUUAUGGCACCGGUUGCAUCAGGUGGUAUUAAUUGCGGUAUGACUAGUUCCGCGGUAAAUUCUUUAACUACGGUUUCUAAUAAUGGUGGUAAUACAAGAGCUGCUACCAACGAGUCAUCUUUGCGAAGGCGAAGUCCAACUAAUCUUGAGACGGAUGAAGGCGAAACGAUUGAUACUAUUGCCGCCAUGGUGGCAUCCUCCAAUGCAAAAGAUCCGAAAUUGAUAGAUAUGAGCAUCACUGAACCACUGAUCGAAAAUGGUGUUGCAACUCCUCUAUCCAUCACUCCGAAUGCUACCUAUAAUGGACCUGCAUCAUCUGAAAAGGCAAACGUUCGGAGGGCAAACACCUCCGAUAGCAGCUAUGAAGAGGUGGAAAACAAAUUGGAAGAAAUGUUUGCCGGCAUUGAAGAGCAGUCGGAAAAAUGUGCUGAAUCCGCCGUACAAGCGGUAUCUCAUAAAAAUAGUGACGGUAGUUUCAUGGGUAUUUCGACUCCUGAAAAUUUAAAUUCCAUCGCCAACACUAAACCAACGGAUGCACUUGAUGGUGAUGUGGCGAAGCAAUUGUCGAAUAGCUGCCUACCGGUGGCAAUUGAUCCCAGUAAUAUGGUCAAUUCGGAUGCUCCAGCAGGUCCCAGCGUAAAUUGUGGAAAGAAACCACUUACUCCGGCACAAAAACGAGCUCUUGGAGCCAAAUCAGGAGAAAUGGUCACUAGCACUCCUGCGACGAAACGAAAGCGUGGCCCCAAAAAGAAAUCCAAUACUCAUGGUAAGCCUUCGAUCCCAUUUAUGGAAGCGGAAAGGUCUCCAAUCAUGGGCUUGAAAGCACUAGCUGCGAACAAAAAGAAGUCAAAGAAGGCUAAAACAGCAAGUCCGCAUAAGAAUGUAAAAGGAGGUGCUAAAGGAAAGAGUAGCAAUGGUAAAGAUCAGCUUGAAUCAGCUGGGGGUGCAGUGUGGUCUGCAGGAAACGCUUCCAGCAUAGACGGUAAGUACAAGGGGCCUUACGUCCAGGUCAAGUCGGACGGCAACCACACCGUUAUUAACGCGCCCAUCAACGAAGAAGACGGUGAAAAGGCACAAAACAAAACGAAAAAGUUCGGCAGUGGUUUGAACAGUACCGAUCGGAGUAAAAUUCGUGGGCUUCACGUGAGUACGCUGAGUACUAAGUACGACGCGGACACAACUGACACGAGCUGGAUGUGUGUUUUCUGCAAAAUUGGCCCGCAUAAGUUUCGCCUAGGGGACCUUUUCGGACCGUACAUAAUUAGCACGAGCUCCACGGAGUAUACGCAGAGUCAAAUUGAUGUAGAUUUCUUUAGUGUUCGACGAACGCGUGACGAUCUUGAAUCACAGCACGCAAAGGAAAAGCGCAUCGCCGAGAAGCAGAAAGAACAGCAACAGGUACAACAGGGCCCUAAGAGUAAAAAACGGAAAAACGCUGCAGGAAGCGUAGUCAAUACCGUCCCUGCUCCAUGUACUGCUGGUCCUAGCAGUUCAAAAACAGUGACAUUAAAAGAGGAGAAAAGUGAUGACGGCGAUCAAUCGAGGUCCUUGGGUUUGGCAGACAUUUUUUAUGGCAUGAACAAAGCAAGCGAUCACACGUACGAAGUUUGGACGCACGAGGAUUGUCUCGUUUGGGCACCGGGUGUCUAUAUGGUGGGAACGCGAGUUGUCGGCUUGGAGGCUGCCAUAUGGAAUUGCUGUCGACACCAGUGCCAGUUCUGUAAACAUUACGGUGCCGUCGUGAGUUGCCUUCACCAGGGGUGUCUCGCCAAGGCGCACUUCAUCUGCGCGCACAAACAAAACUGGAAGAUGACGACAGACUUCAAGUCAUUCUGCGAGCUUCAUGCAGAAAAAGACUCUUCUAGUAGUAGUUCACCCGCUCCAAGUAAAGCAGCGGUGGUUCCACAAGCGCCACAACCGACCAAGCAUCCCAAGAAGGAAGUUAAAUCCAACAAAGAACUGACGAUUUCAUCGAAAAGUGUGUCAUUAACGUAA